CGGGGCGGGGGGGUGAAGAUGGCGGCCGGGCAGCGGCUCCCGGAGCUCUGGUCGUACGGGGUGUGCGGGGACGGGCGGGUCUUCUUCGUAGAUGACCGGACUCACAGCACCAGCUGGCUGCACCCGCGGACCGGGGAGCCCGUCAACUCCGGACACAUGGUCCGCUCAGAUCUGCCUCGAGGCUGGGAGGAGGGAUUCACUGAGGAGGGCGCCAGCUACUUUAUCGACCACAACCAGCGGACGACGACGUUCAGACACCCCGUGACGGGAGAGAUUUCCCCCGAGAAUUACGAGUUUGAUUUACGAGAAGGGGAGAACUCGCUCGCCUCUCACAAGCAGAUGAACCAAAGACCUUCGAGUAUGGUGAGCGAGACGUCCACGGCGGUGACCACCUCGACCGCGGAGGCCAGAGCGUUCCCCAAGGCUCCCAAGUCAAGCAAUAGAGUCUACAGCUUCGGCAAGAGAGACCAGUCCAUAAAGCGGAAUCCCGAUGUUCCGGUCGUGGUGCGAGGCUGGCUAUACAAGCAGGACAGCUCUGGCAUGCGGUUGUGGAAGCGCAGAUGGUUCCUGCUCUCUGAUUACUGUUUGUUUUACUACAAAGACAGCAGGGAGGAGGCCGUGUUGGGCAGCAUACCCCUGCCGGGCUACGCGAUCUCGCCCGUGGUCCCGGAAGAUCGGAUAAACCGAAAGUAUUCGUUUAAGGCCGUCCACAAUGGGAUGCGGGCGUACAUCCAGCAGAAACGCUCCAUAAUCGGAUCGCACCAGGAUCAGGACGGGAUGCGCACGUACUACUUCGGCGCCGAAACGCAGGAGGAUAUGAACGGGUGGAUCCAGGCGAUGAACCAGGCGGCGCAGAUGCAAGCGACCGAGGCGACCAAAAGAAAUAGCGAAGAACUGGAAUGGCAGCCGGAACCGUUGACCAACCACAUGGACUCGUUCAAAGAGUACACAAAGCCAGAGGUGGUCCAAGUGAACAACAACCAUCAGAAAUACAAAGAAGCCGUGUCUUCUAAGAAGCGUGACGAGGAUAUGAGACGCGAGUCUGCAGAGGAAGAUCGCUACACCAUCCAUGCGCUAAACUCAAAGGGGGGGAAGACGAGGCACUUUGUCGCCAGCGACGGCGAAUCGGCUUUCACGGAAUUCUCCAAGACGUAUCAGAGCCACUCGGCUCAGCCGCAGUCCUUCGAAAGGAACGGAACCCUUCCCUCGUCUUUUUUCAUGGCGGCCAUCCCAGGGGAGCUGAACGAGAUGGACAAAGGAGGGUUCAAUCCAAGGAGGGCUCCCGAAAAACAAGAGCAGAGGAGAAGUAACCUGGCUCAGGUGGAACAUUGGGUGAAGAUACAGAAAGGGGACCCCAAAAGCGUUGCGUCCGAUCGUUCCCUCCCUCGGCAUCUUAAUCGUCCUUCGAAUCAUCAUGAAAAUUACCAAACGUUGCCAAAGACCACCAGGCAGCCUUCCGAAGUCUCUCCCACCCCAAACCGCGACCUACCGAGUGAUUACAAGUACGCGCAUGACCGGGUCAGCCAUUUCAAGAUGUCCAACCAAGAACGUCAAGCCACCAAGGAGGGCAUGGUAUGGCAGCUUUACGAGUGGCAGCAAAGGCAGCAGUUUAAACACGGCAGCCCGACCGGCCCAAUUUACUCCGGGACGAUGGACUUCGUGGACCGUAGCAGAUCUAAAAGUUUCUUAGAUGUCCCUCGAUGCAUUUCUGUCCCUCCGUCUCCAUCUGAUAUCCCCCCGCCGGCGCCACCCAAAUCCUUUCAUCCGAAAAGACCACACACGCCGGCGGACAGAGUCACCAUCAGACCGGAGGACCGGCUGGCAGACGCCAUGUACGCCGGCUCGCCUCAGAAGACGCGCGCCCAUGCCGUUAAGUCCACAGCUCACGUGGAUCGCCGCUCCAUGCCUUCCAUGGGUUACAUGACCCACACUGUAAGUGCUCCCAGUUUACAUGGCAAGUCGGCGGAUGACACGUACCAUCAACUGAAGAAGGAUCUCGAGUAUUUAGAUUUAAAGGUGACCGGAAGAGAUACUCUGAGGGAUCGCGCCUCCAAACCGGUCAGAAUGGCCGAAAGCGAUGUUGAUGUGAAGCUGAGCAUCCUCUGUGAACAGGACAGGAUUCUGCAAGACCUGGAGGAUAAAAUCAGAGCUCUCAAGGACAAUAAAGACAAGCUGGAAACGGUCCUAGAGGUUCUGCACAGACAGAUGGAUCAGUACAAAGACCAGCCGCAGCACACGGAGAAGAUCUCCUACCAGCAACGCCUCCUGCAGGAAGACCUGGUGCAGAUCAGAGCCGAAAUGUCCAAAGUGUCCACCGACAUGGAGAACGCGUGGAACGAGUACCUGAGGCUGGAAAGCGACGUGAGUCGGUUACGGCAAAUGUUACAAGAACAAAUGAACCGGCCGCUGCUCUCUCAGGAAAAGGCUCAGAUGCAAAAGGAACUGUGGAGAAUCGAAGACGUCACGGCCGGACUCAGCGCAAAUAAGUUAAACUACAAGGUUCUUGUCGAAUCGUUUAAGAAUCCAGAAAGAAAAACAGUGCCUUCGAUUCCUUCCCAGUUUGUGCCUUCCAGAACCACGGCGUUCACAUCGGUCCGCAGCAAAUCGGUGUCCCCGCAGGUCCCGGCGUCCGUCGCCGUGAAGCCCACGUUGGAAGUGGGGCUUUAUCCCCAGCCGUACUCCCAGGCCAGGUCGCAAUCCCAGCCGCAGCUCCUGCAGAAACCUGAGCCGCAACCCCAAUCUCCGACGAGGGGGGGGCGCCCGUCAUCAGAAGAAGGUGCACCCCCCAGGCCUCCUCUACCUGAUAUGUACAGUCCUGACGCGCCAGAUCCUCCUCCCAGCAUCCCUCCCCCUCCAGCCGUGCCUCCGCCGCCAAGAGACUCCUCCGUCAUCAGACACACGUCGGUGCGCGGCUUGAAGCGCCAGUCCGACGAGAGGAAGCGAGACCGCGAGCUGGGACAGAACGGAGACUACAGGGUAGAAUUGCGGACGUAUGUGAGCGACCCUGAGCUGGCGGGGGGAGCCGAGUCCGGCCAGACCUCCCCGUUUCUGAGUGCCGAGUCUGGGUAUCAAACUUUACCCACCAGAGGUUUGUCGGUUUCCACGCCUCGGCUGCCGCAGUCUUCAUCGAUUGCGUCGUACGUCACGCUUCGAAGAGGGGCAAACAUGGAGAAUUCUAAGGACAGACCAAAAAGUGCCUUCGAGCGCCUGUACUGCGGGGACAACCAAAGAGGGAAGAUGAGCGCCGAGGAGCAGCUCCAGAGAAUGAAGAGACAUCAGAAAGCCUUGGUCCGCGAGCGCAAGCGGACGCUCAGCCAAGGGGACAAGCAGCCUGCGUCCGGCCGGCCCGUCGGGCGUCCCGUCUCGGCAGACAUAAGCUCAUGGAAGCGGGAGCAGGAGUUUGAUUUCCAGCUGCUGGAGAGAGCGGCCCGCGGCGCGGAGGACAGAGACAAGGAAGACACGGAGUGGAUGAGGGUGAAGGCCGUGCACGUGACCGAGCUGGAUCUGGAACCGGAGGAAUACGAUUUGGACAUCAGCAAAGAAUUGUCGAUGCCAGAUAAAGUGGCCAUCCCAGAGAGAUACAUCGAGCUGGAACCAGAGGAGCCGCUGAGCCUGGAGGAACUGGAGGCCAGGCACCGCAAAGUGCAAAAGAUCAAGAAUAUCUUGGCUCGGUCGAGCGUUCACAAUCUGCAAACAAGUUUAUAUCCCGAAGAACAAGGCUCGGCAGACAUCGGCUCUCAGAGGCAGGACCAGGAACGGGUGAUCACGAUGUCCUACGCGCUGGCCUCGGAAGCCUCUCAACGAAGCAAGCAAGUGGCGGCCCACGCGGUAGCUGAACGUUGACACGGACCCCCGACGCGAAGCAUGAGAAGUUCCCGCGUCUUGAAGAGAGAUUUCCAGAAUGACUGAAAACUACCCCGGGGUAUAAUCCGGAAGAUGCAUCCAGAAAC